GACAUGACCUCGAUGCUGCUAGCGCGUGCAGCGACCUGCUGGUCACCCGUGCAGCUUCCCUUCCAUAUCAUUCUCUUCACCGCAACGCAACCCCCAAUGUCCUGAUGGGGAUGGGUUCCUUCGCCAUCUCCGUCGUCGUGUGCCGUCGCACUAGCAUAACCAACGGGCUUGCCGAUUCGUCCCCUUUGGGUAACUCCUCCGCCCACCGUUGCUCAAUCGCGGGCUGGACGUGCCAGAGACAAAAUCUCUGCGCUCGCCAGUUCUCCUCCCUUACGGCCUUCACCUUCUCACCUCCCACCCGGCCAACCAACCACCCAGCGAGGCUCGAAACAAAACCGGAGCUACCAGAAGAAGGGUGUUCCCAGCCAGAUGCGGGGAAUCAGGGCUCGGUUCCAUGUGUCUUGUAAAAUGAUGCUUCUUCGCCCCUUCGGAUGACUCGGGCGAGCUCGCCUCGCUACCUCAGUUCUCCACCUACCACACUACCUUGCUCAGUAACGUUGACUGACAUCCCAUCGAGACGGCGAUCGAAGAGAGGGGCUGGCCAAGGAGCGGUGGGUGUUUGGACCGCGUCGUAUUGCCGAGCACACGCGCGCAUGGUUUUGGAUCUGCUUGGGCUGCUUUUGCUUCUCCUCAGCCUUUUUCUCUGCUUUUUUCCCCUCAUGUGACUACGAUGGAAACCAACAACCCAACCAGCUGCAGGAGCAGCAGCAGAUAGGCGAAAGCACGGUUAGCGAGCUGCUAGCCAGGGCACUGCCAUAGAAUCCUAAAAUAUCCUGAAUACUUGCAUGCCUCAAACUGCGCUUCCUGCGUCAUUCACUCUCUGUUUCAACCGAGUUGUUUCAACCGAGUUGCAGGCUUGUCAAGCAGACCCGAGAAGGAGAGACCGAAAAUACGAACAGAAACCCCAUGGAAAACCCUUUUCCACCCUUCGCGACCCCUUUUCUGAGUCGUCAACAGAUCGUAAGGUCCGCCCCUUUUUUUUUUCGCGCACUGUUGCAAAACCAACAGGAAACCGACCGCUCGGCCGCGCCCCUGAUUCCCAUCAGAGCCCCGUCAAAACAUGGCAGACGGAGCAGCCGGCGCCGAUCUGGGGGCCAUACUGGGCCCAACACUACCAUUCGCCGCCAUCGGCCUGCUUACGGCCCUUUACUGGGUUUGCCGGGUGGCCUCGUUCGGCUUGGCCUAUGCGCGCCCCUCGCGCCUGUCACGCUACUUGCACCACGGCGGCGGCGGCCCGGUUUCGGACUCGGGUAGCGGCGGCGGCGGCGGCCAGCAGCAGCCGCGGCCGCCCUGGGCCCUGGUAACGGGCGCCUCCGACGGCAUCGGCAAGCACCUGGCCGCGGAGCUUGCCGACUUUGGCUUCAACGUCGUCCUGCACGGCCGGAACCCGGAGAAGCUGGCCAAGGUCGAGGAGGCCCUCGCGGACCGCUUCCCGUCCCGCAAGUUCCGCGUCAUCGUCGCCGACGUCAGCCGCGUACCGUGCUCCGGCUGCUCCAAGCCGGUCCCGGUUGCUGCCUCGGCCAGGGCCCAUGAGCCGUCGGCAGACAGCAAGGAGAUAGGCAUCGGUGGUGCCGGCGACGGGGAACCUACCGACAGCAGCCAGGGGCUUGCUCGAGCAACACCCGCUUCAGCGCCGGCCGCCGUCGACCUUGACGCCAUCCUCGCCCAGCUGGCGGACCUGCACCUGACGGUGGUUAUCAACAACGCCGGCGGCGCCCUGUACGACCCGGGCCCCUUUUGCGGCAUCGAGGCCUACAGCGCCCGGGCCCUGACCGAGAACGUGUCGGCCAACGCCCUGUUCCCGCUCUUGCUGACGUCGCGCCUCAUGUCGCGCCUGACGGCCGCGUCGCCGUCGCUGGUCGUCAACGUCGGCAGCAUGUCGGACCAGGCCAUGCCGCGCCUACCGUCGUACGCGCCCUCCAAGGCCUUCCUCGCCUGCAUGUCGAGCUGCCUGGCGCUCGACGCCGCCUUCGAGGGCGGCGCCCGCGGCGCCGUCGAGGUCGUGUGCGUCCGCGUCGGCGACUCGACCGGCACCGCGCACGCGGGCCGCCGGCCCUCGCUGUUCGUGCCCGACGCCGGGCGGGUGGCGCGCUGCAUCCUGGCGCGUGUGGGCUGCGGCAGGGCCGUCGUGGUCCCCUACUUUUGGCACGCCGUCCAGGACGCCGCCGCGGGGAUGCUACCCGCCUGGAUCAAGGACCGCGUCGUCAUCUACGCCAUGCGCCAAAAGACAGAGCAGGAGAGGCUGGGGCUCGCUUGAGCUGUUCUUCUUUGCCCUCAGCGGCCAGCUCUCUCCCUAGUCCUGGAGCGAGUCGGGUCAGCGGAGGGCCCUGUCGUCGCCCCUGGAUUCGUUUAUGAUGCUUUCGACCAUGAUCAAAGUUUAUGUUUUUUGACCGGAGUUAGUGCCAGUGUCUAGAUCGUCAAUUCAUUACGCGUGGAUGGCAGCGGGGGAUUCUGUGUGUAAACCUAAUUUUAAUGUUUGUCAGUUUAUGUCCACUUCGUUCCAUGUC